GAACUUGUUUUGGCACUUUAUUUAUUAUCUCCACGUCCUGUUCCCCUUUAUCCUUAUCCUGUGCUCUUCUUGUAUAUCCUAUUUUCUGUGUUUCUCUAUAUCCCACAUCUCAGACAGCUAUAAUGUCCAUAAAUCACCUUGAUUCUGCUUCAAUAUCUUCUUUGGACUCCACCAUUGCUUCUGGUUCCACAGUAGCAACAACCUCUCUACCCACAACCAACAAUGUCUCUCCAACCGACAAAAGACCCAAAACAAAACCCAGAUCAAACACGACUUCGAAAUUAAAAGUCAAACGAGUCCCCUUGUUUUUAAAAGUCAACAAUUCUCAUGAGAAAUUGCCCAAAUCUUGCCUCUCAACGUCGAGUUUAUACUCUUUGAACCACAAUAUUACUAAUCAAAAUAACAACAAUCAAAUCAAUUUUUCUGAUGAUAAAAAUGACAACAAAAAUGAUAAAUCUUAUAAUAAAGACUUUUUCACUCAAGACAAAAGUGUAAAUGAAAAUAAAAACCUCAAAAUCUCAAAGGAUGUCAAACCAAAUUCAGAUUAUUACCCCAUAUUUUUAUUAGAUGAAAGUUUAGAAAAAAGACAUGCAAUUCAUGGGGGCGAAGGCUCAAGAAUUCCUUCUGCAAAACCUUUAACUGCAAAGGAAAAUGAUCCUUCAACCACAUCCUCUAUUUUAAAUGGUGAUGGAUCAGGAAGAUCAUCAAGAAACAUGAGCAGACACUCUUCUUUAAAAUCAAAUCACUCACUUAAGUUAAAUCCAACAAAUCCCACAAAUCUGUCAAACAGAACUAUAACAAGUGCAAAUGUAAAUUCUCUUAUAAACAAUAUAAAUUCUUUAAGAUUAAAUAGUAAUUCAACCAGUUACAACUCGAUUUAUACUUCAAAAAAUGAGAAUCUAUACCAGAAUAACAGCAACAGCAACAGUAAAAAUAACAAUAUUAACUUCAAUCCUAAUCCUAAUUCUAAUCUUAAUCUUAAUCCUGAUACCAAUCCUAAUCCUAAUCCUAAUCCUAAUCCUAAUCCUAAUCCUAAUACUAAUACUAAUACUAAUCUUAAUAUUAAUACUAAUAGCUACAAUUGCAUGUCAAAUAUAAAUUCGUCAAAUGAAUCACUAUAUAACAAUUUUAAGCUAUUAAAUCCAAUAAAUAAAUAUAUUCCGUCAAAAGAUGACAAUAAAAUACAUUUAUUAAUUGGUGUAACUGGAUGCAUAUCAGCUUUAAAAAUUAUACCUUUAAUUCGAAAAUUAUUCGAAAUUUACACUCAGGAUAAUUUAUCAAUCCAAUUGGUUUUAACCUCUGGGGCUUUGAAAAUCUUGAAUUUACAAGAUUCUUACAAGGACGAUGACUCAGUAGAUUUUAAAGGAUUGAUUAACGGUAUUAAUACAAAUUCUUUUUCAAAAAAUAACACUAAUAUUAAUGUCAAAAAUGAACUUGAAAAUAGCACUAAAAAUUCUCAUAAUGAUUCGAGAUUUUUCGCUAAUAAAAAAUCAAAUUGGAAAAGAUUAAAUGAAAUCGGUAUUAAAAAAAUUUGGAUUGAUGAAGAUGAGUUCAAUUAUUAUUUCCGUUUAAAGAAUAUUAAAAGAAUUAAUAUUUUGAAUAAAAAUAAUAACCUAUUAAAAUCUCAUACUUUUAAUCAAGUAGAUCAAGAUCAAAAUCAAACCAAUACCGUCAAUGUUCCCAAUAAAUUCCAAACAGAACCAAUCUUGCAUAUGGAAUUAAGAAAAUGGGCAGAUUUAAUGUUAAUAGCUCCUUUAUCAGCUAAUACUUUGGCCAAAAUUGUCAAUGGGAUAUCCGACAAUUUACUAUCUUUAAUAAUCAACACUUGGAACCCUCAAAAACCUAUUAUUUCGGCAAUGGCUUUAAACUCUUUUAGCUUUUCAAAUCCAAUUACAAAAAUCCAAUUGGAUUUAAUCAAACGCGAUUAUCCUUAUAUUCAAAUUUUAAGACCUGUUGAAAAAGUCAUUUCCAGCAGAAAUCAAACAAUUUCCAUGGGUGGAAUGAGAGAAUAUACUGAUAUUGUUGAUAUAUUAGUCAAAAAAUUAGGCCCACCUGAUGAUUUUGAUGAAGAGGAAGAUGAUGAAGAUGAUGAUGAUGAAGAUGGGAACAACGAAAAAAACAACCAGGCUGAUGAUGAUGAUGACGACGACGAUGACGAUGACGAUGAUUCUGAAAGCAAUAAUGAUAGAAAUGUUAAUCCAGAUUUGACUCAGGAUACUGAUACUAAUAGCGAUGAUGAAAAUGAAUUUCAUGAUGCUAAAGAGGAGGUUGAUAAUAAAUAAAAAAAACCUCGAUUUAAAUUUUUUUUCUUAUUUUUUUUCCUUUUCCUUUCUUUUUGUUUAUAAAUUUUAUUAAAAAAAGGGUUUAUGCUAUUUUGGUUUAAUAAAAAAACAGCUGCAAAAAAAACAAAAAAAACUGG